GCGGACUACAAUCUACGGCCUAUGUAUUCAUAGACGAGUGAACGCAGGGGAGAGGAGGGGUCCCGCCUAAUCCACCCGCGGACGCAUUCCUUGGGCUGUUGGGCACCACCUGCUCUCUGCUUUGAGUUGUUGAGUUGCUGCUGUUUUCCAUGGCCUUAUGCUUCUCUUCUUCACCUGAUCUUUUCUCUUCUCCAAUUAAUUUUCAACCAUUCUCUCUCCUCCAAAACUGCACCUCUCCACAACACCUAACCCAAAUUCAUGCUAAAAUCAUCCGUUCAAAUCUCACCUCUAAUCAUCUUGUUGCCACCCAAUUACUCCGCCUCUAUUCUUCCUAUGGUAAUCUCAAUUACGCCACUUCAAUCUUCCAUCAUAUCCCUUCUCCUUCAACCUUCACUUGGAAUCUCAUCAUCAGAGCUCACACAAUCAACGGCUCAUCUUCUCAGUCUCUUAUUCUCUACAAUCUUAUGAUUUGCACCGGCGUCGCACCCGAUAAAUUCACCUUUCCCUUUGUUUUAAAAGCAUGUGCCGUUACUUCUGCCGUGGAAAAGGGGAAGGAGGUUCAUGCUAUGGCGAUUAAAACUGGGUAUUAUGGUAGAGAUAUGUUUGUUAAGAAUACCCUUUUGAAUAUGUACUUGAAAUGUGAUCAUUUAGAGUGUGCACGCAAGGUGUUUGAUGAAAUGCCUGUGAGAAAUGUUGUUUCUUUGACGACGAUGGUAUCAGGUUUGAUUGAGUGUGGGGAGUUGGAUUGUGCUAGGAGGUUGUUUGAUGAAAUGCCUGUGAGAAAUGUGGUUUCUUGGACUGCUAUGAUUAAUGGGUAUGUGGCAAAUGGAAGGCCUCAAGAGGCGUUUGAAUUGUUCUCAGAAAUGCAGGUGGAGGGAGUUAGACCUAAUGAGUUCACUCUUGUUAGCUUGCUGAGAGCGUGUAUCGAGCUUGGGAGUCUUGAGUUAGGGUCUUGGGUCCAUGAUUAUGCCAUAAAGAAUGGGUUUGAAUUGGGUGUUUACCUUGGGACGGCCCUCCUUGACAUGUAUAGUAAGUGUGGUAGUUUAGAGGAGGCCAGGAAAGUGUUUGAUAUGAUGGAGAGAAGGAGCUUAGCAACUUGGAACUCAAUGAUUUCGAGCUUGGGUGUGCACGGGUGUGGAGACGAGGCAUUGGCACUCUUUGAGGAGAUGAUGGAGGAAAAUGUGAUGCCUGAUGCAAUCACAUUUGUUGGGGUAUUGAGUGCUUGCAUUCAAACACAUAGAGUUGAUGAAGGUUUAAAUUACUUUGAUUUCAUGACCAAAGAGUGUGGUAUCAUGCCUGUUGUAGAGCAUUAUGUUUGUAUGUAUGAGCUGUGGGCUCGUGCCAAGGUAAAUGCAAAGACCAUGAGUUUUAUGCGCAUUUCAUUGUCCAAUUGGACGAUAUGACGUGUGUUGGCAUGUACAUCUCAAUGACCGCACUAGUAACAUCCUAAAUGAUUUAACCUGCAAGCUACUGUGGCGGAUUAUAGCUAGGAACAAAGGUGUUGAUAAGUGUUGAUAAGUCAAGAAUUAUUACAAAUACCCGUAUUGUGGCGGCUGCAGCGUGCAAGCAUGGAAUCCAUGAACUAUACGAUGCGAUUGAGGCUGAGAUCCUAAGUUCCUAACAUCUAUGAAGGAAACCAGGCAUGGAGAAUCAUAAAUAAGGGGGAGUAAAAGAUAGUCAAAGUUAUGACGUGAAUAGUGCCUGCGGUCAAAAUGUAGCAACUAAAUUGGGAUGGAGGGAGUAUAUAGUCUUGAUGUAAGUAAGAAAUAGCAAGCUGUUUGUUGAUUAUUAGUGGUAAAGUUUGUCUUUUCAUGAGAGCAUGAACAAUGAUGGGAAUAUGGUUGAUAUUUUAAAUAACUUAAAUUGUUGUAAUCUCUAACUAUAUAAUAAAAAUUAUUUAAAUUUGA